AAGGCAGUGUCUCCAGUCCAGGCAGCUGCUAUCAAGCAUGCCACUAGUCAGUCGAGUAUCUCAAGCUCACUUGGUGCGGACUCGGGUGUUAAUCUAAGUCCAACUCAUAAAGAUGAAAAGAAACCGGCUCAGACAGCGAGUUCAGCUCCGGUAGCCAAGAUUGUCAGCGGAGGUAUUCAGAUGCAGUCCGACGUGCUGUCUCCUGAUCAGCUGGAGGCUCUGCAGCGCAAAUUAGCUGAGCAGUUGGCAGCAUGCGGAAUCGACGCCUCCGUUCUCUCGGGCGUUACCGCUGGUGACAUGCCAGUUCGCCGUCCUCGAAAAACGGACGGAGCAAGACGGGGAGGACCAAUGAAGGCCGAAAAGAAUUCCAUACACCCUCAGCUAUCCAUUCUUUAG